AUGGCGAGGUACCUGCUCUUUUCCCCGGCACAGAGAUCAAUCAGGGUGUCCGGAGUGACGGUAAGCAGAGUUCGCUUCAGGAAGCCUACAGUCGGCCUCGACUCACAAAGGGGUUUUAGGGCUUCCCCCUGCAAGCUCAGCGAUUACCUGCACAAGAGCAUUGUCAACACCCUGCACUACCAGGAGAGCCUGCCCCGGCUGCCUAUUCCCAAGCUAGAAGACACAGUGAAGAGAUACCUUAAUGCCCAGAAGCCUCUUUUAGACAGUGGUGAAUACAGGAAAACAGAGAAGCUGAGUCAAAAUUUCAAGGAAGGAAUUGGAAAAGAACUGCAUGAACAGCUCGUUGCUCAGGAUGAGCUGCGACAAGAUACCAGUUACUACUCAGAGAUGUGGCUGAACACAUACCUGACUCUCCGCAGCCCGCUUGCCUUCAGCACUAAUGUAGGGUUAGCUUUCCACCUGGACCCAAACCCGAGCCACAAUGACCAGCUCACUCGGGCAACCAACCUGACUGUUUCAGCCCUCCGGUUCCUCAAGACCUUCAGGGCUGGCUACCUGGAGCCAGAAGUCUUGCACCUCUACCCAGAGAAGACGGACACUGAGGGGUUUAAGAAGCUCAUCCAGUUUGUCCCUCCUUCUCUUGUGUGUAACGCGGCCUCUAUGGUCAAUGCCUACCCCUUGGAUAUGUCCCAGUUUUUCAGACUUUUUAACACAACCCGCCUGCCCAGGCCUGGGAGGGAUGAGUUGUUCACGGAUGAAAAGGGGAAGCAUGUUAUAGUGUUACGGAAGGGAAAUUUCUAUGUCUUUGACGUCCUGGACCAGAAGAGAAAUAUAGUGAAGGCACCUGAAAUCCAGGCUCACCUAAAGUCUAUCCUGGCUGAUGACCUCCCUGUUCCCGAGUUCCCCUUGGCCUACCUGACCAGCGAAAACCGAGACAUCUGGGCCCAGCUGAGGCAGGAGCUCUUGAAUAAUGGCAAUGAGGAGGCCCUGAGAAAGGUAGAUUCAGCCAUGUUCUGCCUGUGUCUGGAUGACUUCCCCAUCCAGAACCCCGACCACCUUUCUCACAACAUGCUGCAUGGUGAUGGCAUGAACCGCUGGUUUGAUAAGUCCUUCAACCUCAUCCUGACCCAGGAUGGACAGGCGGCCAUUCACUUUGAGCACUCUUGGGGUGAUGUCCUGACCUUCCUCCGAUUCCUGGAUGAAGUCUCUAAAGACAGCAGCCGGUCCCCUGCCAUCACCCCCCAGGACCAGUCAGAGGCCGUGGCAGCCAACUCCUGCACUGCUGUGACCCGCCUCGAAUUCAGGUUGAAUGGAGCCAUAAAGGCGGGGAUCUCCAAAGCCAAAGAGAACUUUGACCUCACCAGAAGGACUCUGACUUUCCAGUUUGUGGAGUUUGCCCGUGGUGGGAGAAACCUUCUGAAGGACCAUGGGGUGAGCCCAGACGCCAUGGUUCAGCUCUCUUACCAGAUGGCUUUCCGGGUUAUGCAUGGUCAGACUGUCCCAACCAACGAGUCCUGCAGCACCGCAACCUUCAAGCAUGGCCGCACUGAGAUCAUCCGUCCUGUCUCUGUCUUCUCCAACCGUGCGGCCGAGGCCUUGAUCCAGGAACCUUCCCCAAGAAGUGUGGAGGAGCUCCAAGGCCUGCUUGCUGACUCCUCCCACUACCAUGUCCGCCUGAUAAGAGAGGCAGCCAUGGGCCAGGGGUUUGACGGACACUUGUUUGCACUGCGUAACCUAUCUGCAUCGAGGUGGGAGGCACUCCCUGAUUUCUUCCAAGACCCAGCGUAUGUGCGACUCAACCACAUCAUCCUCUCCACCAGCGCCAUAGCUAGCCCGCUGCUAAAAACUGCGGGGGUAGCACCGGCCACACCCAAUGGUGUUGGUGUGGCCUACUCCAUUCACAAGGACUGUCUCACCUUCAAUAUCUCCUGCUAUUCCAGGAGGGGUGCCCAGGAAUUCUCCCAGGCAGUAAUAACUGGCCUCGAGAAAAUUGUAGCUGUGCUCAGAGGCAAACCAGUCCAAAUUUAGAGUCUUUUUGCCUUCGUUUUUCUCCAUUUCAAUUCACCUUUCCUUCGAUGUCUGUUGCCAACCCUCUCCCCUCCUCGUUGUUAAGAGUGUGAGCCCCUUGUGGGCCAGGGACCUGGUCUACCCUCCUCUGUGUAUCUCUUUUCCAUCUCUGAAUACCAUGCUUUCCUGAUAGUAUACUGAAUUCUACUCAUCCUUCUACCAUCAGAGCCUUGGGGAAGAGGAGGGGCUGGGAGCUGCUUGAAUUGGCCCCUGUCCUUGUCUUUAGGCUGAACCCUUCCCAUCUUCCAACUACACCUGCAAGGGACAGACCUGGGCAGGGUCACCCUAGGCAAGCAAGAUUUCUACAGGGUCCUGGUGAAGGCAAAACUGCUCUUGGAGGAUUUUCCCUGCAUAUUUUCCCCGAAGUUGAGAGUUCCUUGAUCUAAAGCACCAUGGAAGCCUGUUCCCCUUAGUGAACUGACACUCCAUCUUCACCUCAUCUCCCAGGGCAGCCCAGGCACCAGCUCCAACAGCAGCCAGCCUGGUGAGUUGGGAAGGAAGCAGGAAAAUAGAGGUGCACCUCUAUGGGGAUGGGGAGCAAACUGACAGAAGGAUACCUGGCUCCACUCCCCACUGUGUGUCAGUUUUGUCUGGGUGUCCCAAGGGCCCCCCUUCAUGGGAACAGGUGUCCAUAGGCUAUCUCCCAGAUUACUGGAUGUGUUUUCCUGAGGGAAGCAGUGCACCGGGAAUAGGACCUAAGGGUUAGUCAGAGUACUCUGGGCCUGCCCUCCAAUUCUCUCCUCGGCCUUUAGACUAGACAUUCUCACUCACACUGACUGACCAAGGUGGGCUGAAUCCUUGUCUGGAAGUUGUGCUUCUGACCACCACCCCACCACCAGUAUUACGGGCAUAGAGAGAAUGACUGGCCUUUGACACUUUGUCAGCACCAGAACAUGUCGGUGACUGGUGGGUAUCACAAGGCCCAAACCCAGGUUUUCUGGUUUAUACAAGGGGCCAGCCACUAACAGUACCUUCUUUUCUCUGUAUGGCAGUCUGGGAUUUGUUGUUAAAAUUUAUGGUUAUUUUCAACUCCCACAUGUUGAUUCUUUUACAUGUUACCUUUUGAUGUACUUGGCAAACCUCAUGCUUGAAUUGUGGUGUCUUCUGUUCGAUCUGUGUUGCUUGUUAGAAAUAAAUUA